AUGACCGUAUCACCUGACAACAGCCCCGCAAACAACACAGGCGGUUGCCGUCUGGCGCCAGAGUCAUUGAACAGCACGAUGUCUUGCGAUCCUGCGACGCCGUCCAUCGAGACGCUGUCUGAGAUUGGACAUUCCGCUGCCGCGGACGGGCCUCCACUCACAGACAUGUUGCGCUGCUCCAAGCCGACUGCUGUCGCCGAAGAUUCCGCUGACGACGGAACAACAGUCGCAAGGGAUCUUGUCACUGGUACAGACGAUGCCACCGAAGAGAACGCAAACAUCGACAGCCGGUUCCCUGAAUCGCGCGCCCUAUCAGCAUCGCAGAACGAUUGCCUCGUUCUGAAUAAGCUCCCAGCGGAGUUGCGAAACGAGAUCUAUGAGCUGGCUUUCACAGUCGACGACGACGAAGUUGAGAUCGACCUGUCCGAUUUCGGACCACCAAGAAGCCCACCCCUCUUGACCAAGGGUGAAGUGGAAUUAUCCAAAGCUCGCCCACCAAACAAUGCGCUAUUGUCUACAUGUCACCAGAUCCAGUCCGAAGCCACACAGCUGUACAAGAGAGCGUCUCACAAGUACUGGACAGAUACUCAUUUCUUCAUCGACGACCUCAAGCCGAAUGGCUUUGAUGCAGCACCCGAGAUCGAGUCACUAAAGCAGGACCUUUGGGGAGGGCAAAAUCCAAGACUUAAGUCGGAGAACAUCGAUCGCAUUCGCCACGUUGGGAUCUUUCACCGUAGUGUCCGCGACAGGAAUAGCUUGGAGGUCUUCACCUACAUGUCCGAGUCAGGCAUCUGGCUCCGGGAGUGGUUCCACGGUGUACGAGCGGAGCCUCUGCUGUCGACAUAUGUUGUGCUCAGAGUGUCCGACUCGCGUAUGCGUCCUCUCCAACGCGACUGGGAAAUAGAGGAUCAGAAGCUAUAUGCUGAGAAGAUUGCCCAGGAAUCGAACUACAAGCACGCAUUUCAUGUGGAACUAGGCUCAAAGCUGGUUCACAAUUAUAAUUAUUACUGA